AUUAGCAUUGAUUUAUUGGCAUGUUUACUUUGCCAAAGCUGUACCUGCGUUUAACUGAAUCCUUGCAUAAAUGUUUGCGCUCAUAGAACAGGCUAACAGGUUUGGGGACUAACGGAUUAGUAAUCUGUUACCAGCAAAAAUAUUGUAACCAGAUUAGAUACUUUUGAAAAACUAGAUGAUUACUUCAAGGAUUACUUUUAAAUUCAGAAAGGAUGUUUGCAAAAAACAAUCUUUGACACUUGUUUUCUCAAUAACAUCCAAAUCAGCAUUGAAAAAAGGCACACAUUUAAGUUUGUUCCACCUGAGCGAGUCUGACCACAAAUCAGAGACCACUAUGAUGACACGAAAUGUGUUUGAUCGAUCGCGGGAGAAGAGCGGGAAUAGGCUUUUGUGGGCUACAGUCCGAUGUAUGUCUUCCAAUGGUGCGACUGAUGUCAGCAUCCAAAGAUUAUCCAAUUUGAAUAAACGCUUGGAGAACUCAGGGGAACUCCUCCAGAAACAGCAGCAUAAAGAAGUAGGCUAACUCAGGAGUGAGAAUGAUGGGUGAGACACCAGUCAGGGAGGAUGGCACAGUUACAAGGUCAGCUGAGUAUGUUGGCUCUUUUCACGUGGACGACUGCUGUUUGGACGAUCAGAUGCAGCAGUUGCACACACAGCUAAAGUCUCUCAAAACAUGCAAGAAAAGGAGGUCUGUGUCCCUUAAAUUUUCCAUCAAAGGGGUGAAGAUGUAUGAUGAAGAUGAGACGACCCUCCUCAUGGCCCAUGCUCUACGAAGGGUCUCCCUUUCCACUGCCCACCCCUUGGAAGCCCAGUUCGCCUUUGUUUCCCACAACCCCGGCAGCCCUGAUGCCCAGCUAUACUGCCACCUUUUCAAGGCUAGGCAUGCCAGAGCAGCCCAGUUCCUGAACCUGUUGCUGUGCCGCUGUUUCCAGCUGUCCUACCUGGCAAAGCACCCAGAGGAGGCGCAGGAUGAGUCUGUCGGCCCACUGCCCAGCCGUGCCCCCUCCCUCCUCAACCAGGGCUUCCCUCUCAGUGUCAGUGCCCUUGUGUCAUUCCGAAGGGCCCCCACUCAGGGCUUACUCCCAGGGGGAAAGGUCUUCCCAUUGAAGAACAACGGAACAACAACUGAGGAACAACCAAGCAGCCAAGAGGAGGUCUUCACCUCCUCUCCUUCCCUGGUGCGCAAGAGAGCCAUCCGCAACAAAGUACUGCGCUCAGGGGCCUAUCGCUCCUUCACUUACAGCCCUCACAAACAACGUCACCUCCAGGAUCAGCUAAACUCUCCAGAAGGAAAGGGGCAGGACAAAAUGCCAGCGAGGAGAGCCCGGGCCCCGAGCCUUGCUGAAACAGAAGAAGCUCUGGCUCAAGCAGUGUGGUGUUGGGCUGGCAUUGCCACUGACAGCAGCUCCUCCCUGCUUGCAGAGGAUGUCCUGGGGUCGUACCUACUGUGCCCCCAUCCUAAGAGACCUGGCUGUGGCUCUCUCAUAAUUCGUUUCUCUUCUGGACUGGUCACCCACCUAAUAGACAACACCUCCAACGGCAAAUACCUGCUCGAGAACUGCCACAUAGAAUUUAGCACCAUUGCUGCCUUGAUAGAGCACUGCACCGAUAUCAAGGGGGAGCUGGACUGUCUGCUGAGUUGUGCCCGUGUGAACCACUGCUAUGAGUGGGAGGAGAACGUUGCUAAGGCACUGCCUUUAGCCUUACACCAAGGCCUCAAAAGAAAGAAUGCAAAAUAUACCCAGAGGAAACAAUGGGUUUAAAAGUAAUUUCUGAUCAUUGGAUUGAUCGAUGUAUCUCAUUCUCUAAAAGACACUGACCAUAUGUUACACUGACACCUUAAAUAUAAUAUAAUGAAUUAACUUGCAUGCUUCACUUUUGUUAUUGUUUUCAGAUUUCUGAUAGAAACACAACUCUAACUAUCAAAUUUACUUCCAGCAGGUGAAUUGUGAUAAGUAGAGUAGCAUUUUCAUACUUAAGCUCUGGGAUGUAGGGUUGUUUUAAUGUCAAAAAGCUAUGUGUGUUUGAGUAUAUUCUUCUGUUUUUUAGCUGCACCUACUUUACUUCACCUACGUUUGAAUUAUAUUAUUUUAAUACAUUUUAAUUACAAUAUUUUAAAACGUAGGAAUAUUAUGUGUGUGUUUGUAUAGACUAAAUAGGGACAUUUUUUAUAGAUUUUGCAGACUAAGGUUUUUUUGUACAUUAACUCUGACUCAUGUUAAGCUGUCUUUUUGAAUUUGUGUUUUUCACUGCCGUCUUUUAAAGUGUUCUGUGAGAACUAGCAGCAUUUCUUCAUUUUGAUUACAGAUAAAUGUACUUGCUGAACGAAA